AAUUAAAACAUCGUUUCUACAAAUGAACUCAAAUAUAAUCAUGAAAAGUGCAAAAACGAAAUGAUUUUAUGAAAUAAUCAUAAAAAACAUUUAAAUCAUUUUUUGAAAAAUUAUUAAUUGUAUUAAAUUUGUCGUGCUCGAGGCAUUUUCUUCCUCAGUAGCAGAAAUUUUGAAACGAAUUUUAUGAUUAUCAAUUGAGGAAUGGAAGAAUACGCAAGAGAACCAUGCCCAUGGCGUAUAAUAGAUGACUGUGGUGGUGCAUUUACCAUGGGUGCCAUUGGGGGAGCAGUAUUUCAAACUAUUAAAGGUUUUCGUAAUGCACCCAGUGGAAUAAACAAAAGAGUUUUAGGAAGUCUUACAGCUAUUAAGCAAAAGUCUCCUAUUAUUGCUGGAAACUUUGCAUUAUGGGGUGGUAUGUUUUCCACUAUAGACUGCACAUUGGUUCAUCUUAGAAAAAAAGAAGAUCCAUGGAAUUCCAUUAUUAGUGGAGCAGCCACAGGUGGAAUAUUAGCAGCAAGAAAUGGUUUACCAGCCAUGGCUGGUAGUGCAAUUAUUGGAGGAGUAUUAUUGGCUUUAAUAGAAGGUGUAGGAAUAUUUAUUACUCGUCUCUCUGCAGAACAAUUCAAGCCACCAUCAUUUACUGAAGAUGCAAAUCCUUUAAGACAACAAGGUCAUCCAUCGUAAAGCAUAUAAAUAUUUAGACAUUUUAAAUUACACACCACUAAUUAAGUACAAAUGUUUCAUAUUCUCUGAAACGAUAGUAGUUGAAAGCUAUCAUUGCCAGUACAUCAAAUUUGUAUAGACAAUUCUUCAACUCCUUGAUUUAAGAAAUAAUAAUAGUUUGGUUUUUAUUUAAU